AAUUUACGGGCGGCGUGGACAAGGCGUCUGCGGACUCCGGCGAGGGGGUGAUCGGGGAGCCGGGGUGUCGGGAGGAAGCUUCUUGGUCAAGUCCUUGCCGCGGCGGGGUCCGGACCCCCGAGUCGUGCGCUUGGAGGGCACUCCUGCGGCAGAAUGGAGGGCCUGCAUUCCGACGGAGCCAUCCGGGACUGGGAGCCCGGGCGGCUUCCUGGAACGGUGGGGAGCGGUGUUUUUCCUCCCUGGUUGUCGGGGAGCUGGGAGCAGCCAGCCGGGAGAGGCUCCGAGGCCUUGUGAUUGUGUGUCUCGUGUGACUGCGUGUCUGUGUUUGCGUUUGUUUCCUCCUUCCUUUGGGGUGUUUAUGUUGUCCUCAUAGUUUUAUAGACAAACUCGCUGAUUAUUUUAAUGUAUGUGGUGAGAAAAAAGCUCGAAAGAUGUAGAGGAAUCCGAGGUUAGAUGAAAUUUCCAAGAUUAGGAAUUCGCCCCCACCCCACCCCGAGGCCACUGAGGCACCUACGUUCCGUCCAGGAGCGCUCUUGCUAAUGUGGGUGCUGCGGCCCUCUCAUCCACCCUGGGGAGCAGAGAGCGGAGAUCUGCCCUCUCCUGUCCGCCUCUCCCUCAGGCAGCUUCACCCCUCCCUCCGUUUUGCUAAAGGAUUGACUGAUACAAAACUGCUUGCUGCUAGGAACAGGAAAUUUAUUGAGGAACUGUAAAUCUGGAUGGAAUGAAUUCAGAUCACAGCAAGACUCCCUGCGCUUUUUCAACAGAAGGUUCUCAGAAAUGCCUGCCUUUUUUCCUUCCUGUUAAGGGGAGAAAAAUGUGAAAAUAUUUCUCAAAGUAAUGUGAGUAACUGUACAUGUGGUGUGUUUACUUCCUGUAUCCCACGGUGUUUUUCAAGGAGAGGGGGUUAGUUUCUGACUGGGAGGAGUUUUCCUUCUCCCAUCUCCCAUAAUUCAGCAAAAUAAAUCAAAAUCAGAUGUUUUCAGGAGUUGCAGUCAGAUGGACUUGGAUUUUUUUUACUCUUUUUAAAACUGGUACAUCUGGGUGAACUCAGGCAUGUGUGUCUUGGCAUCUGGGCCUGUCUAGUAAUAGAAGAAAACCGUUGGGCUUGUUUUGGCUGCCUUUCUGGACCCAUUUCACUGCCCUCUUCCUUUCUUACAUCUGAAGGGCUGGUCAGGAGAAAGAAAGCAAAUAUUAAAGCAGUGUUUACACUUUGUGGUUUAAAGUCAGGUGAGAGAUAAUUAUGGCCUUUGAAGCUGAUGACCUGAGGACCAUCAUUUGAGGACUUGGGGAUUAGCAGUUUGGAGGUGACAUAUUUGAAAGAAAGAGGGUUACAUAAGGAGGGAAAGACAAGGAAAGGAACUUUGGGGAAAGGCUGUGCCAGAAAACCUUGGGAGGAGAAUAAAUAAAUAGCACCUUAAAGUAAUUGAUGUGGCUUGUGUCUCUCAGCAGGAGGGCGAAAAUGAAAGCAGGCUGUAGCAUCGUGGAAAAGCCAGAAGGAGGUGGAGGGUAUCAGUUCCCUGACUGGGCCUAUAAAACCGAGUCCUCCCCGGGCUCCCGGCAGAUCCAGCUGUGGCACUUCAUCCUGGAACUGCUGCAGAAGGAAGAGUUCCGCCAUGUCAUUGCCUGGCAGCAGGGAGAAUACGGGGAGUUUGUCAUCAAGGAUCCUGACGAGGUGGCCCGCCUCUGGGGCCGCAGGAAGUGCAAACCCCAGAUGAACUACGACAAGCUGAGCCGGGCCCUCAGAUACUAUUACAACAAGAGGAUCCUUCAUAAAACAAAAGGGAAAAGGUUUACUUAUAAAUUUAACUUCAACAAGCUGGUGAUGCCCAACUACCCAUUCAUCAACAUUCGGUCAAGUGGUGUGGUUCCCCAGAGUGCGCCACCAGUGCCGACCGCCUCUUCCCGGUUCCAUUUCCCACCGCUGGACACACAUUCUCCCACGAGUGCCGUGCGGCCGGGGCGGUUCUCUGCCGGCUCCCUCACUGCUUCUGGCCAGGAGUCGGCCAGUGGCGCCGACAGAAAGGCAGAGCUUCCGGAGCUGGAGGAUGGCUCAGCCGCCGACUGGCGCCGGGGCGUGGAUCUCCUGUCCUCCUCCUCCCGGAGUGCCGUCGGUGGAGGGCUUGGCCAUCAGAAACGCAAGCCUGACAUAAUGCUUCCCCUGUUCACCAGGCCAGGGAUGUACCCUGACCCCCACAGUCCCUUCGCUGUCUCUCCGCUCCCUGGCCGCGGAGGUGUUCUGAACGUCCCCAUCUCCCCAGCCCUCUCCCUGACUCCCACCAUCUUCUCCUACAGCCCGUCCCCAGGCCUGAGCCCCUUCACCAGCAGCAGCUGCUUCUCCUUCAACCCCGAGGAAAUGAAACACUACCUUCAUUCUCAAGCCUGCUCUGUGUUCAACUACCAUCUGAGUCCCCGGACCUUUCCCCGUUACCCAGGACUCAUGGUCCCGCCACUGCAGUGCCAAAUGCAUCCCGAGGAGUCGGCCCAGUUCUCCAUCAAGCUGCAGCCACCGCCAGCUGGGCGGAAGAACCGGGAGAGGGUGGAGAGCAGUGAGGAGUCAGCCCCCGUCACCGCUCCCGCCAUGGCUCCCGUCCCCCCAAGAAUUAAGGUGGAGCCAGCCUCUGACAAGGAUCCCGAGAGUCUCCGGCAGUUGGUGCGAGAGGAGGAACGCUCCCAUGAGGAGGGCACUGUGCCAAGCAGGACCAUAGAGGAGGAAAAAGGCACCAUCUUUGCCCGCCCGGCCGCACCAGUCUGGCCCUCUGUCCCCGUUAGCAGCCCAAGUGAAGAACCCCUAGAGGUGACUGAAGACAGUGAGGACAGGCCUGGCAAAGAGCCCAGCGUGCCCGAGAAGAAAGAAGAUGCCCUGAUGCCCCCCAAGCUCCGGUUGAAGCGGCGCUGGAACGACGACCCUGAAGCCCGAGAGCUGAGUAAGAACGGGAAGUGCCUCUGGAGUGGGUCUGGACCCCGGGGCUUGGCCACAGCCGCUGCCGACGCCUAGGACUGGAGGUGGAUUGGGAGCUGUUUAUACUAUAAUCACAUGCAGACGUGUAUUUAUGUAGCGAGGUUUGAGGGUUGGGGGGAGGGGAGGGAAUUAGACUGGUUUGAUCAUUCUAGGGGCAUAAACGUCUUUUUAUGUUUGGGGGAUGGGAUGGGUAUCUUCUGUUGUAAAUUAGGUGGGACGUGAACACUUUUUUCCUGGUGAGUAGCACGCAGGAAGGGUAAUGAACUGAAAGGAGGAAGAGCCUCUGCUUCCUGGGGAGGCUCACACUUUCUGACAAACUCCCAGGGGGCCAAGGUGUCCUUGGUCCCAUUAUAGUUCAGGUUCCAGACUUCUUUCUUUUCUAUUGUAUUUAUAUAUGAAAAGCCAUUAAUGAAUUUCUUUUGCUCGGAGAGGGAGGGAGAAGGGAGUAGGGCGUGGUGGGGAGGCUGAGCAGUGAGAGACCAUUUUACCAAGUGUGUUGCCUGAAAUGUUUCUGUGUAGUUCCUUCGGGGGAGGAGUAACGUAAUCUCAGUCUUACUGGGACAGGGGGAUGUUCAGAUGUUGCUUUUCUUCUUUCUUCCUUUGUCGUUUGGCAGUUUUUCCUUUCCUUUUUAAAAAACCGGCUGCAGGAAGCGGGAGCCGUGGCACCGGUCCCGGGGCUGGGAGGGCCCGGCGGGGCGGCGGGACUCGCGCUGCGGGCUCCUUGGACUCGCCCCUCCUCCACCUGCUAAGAAGCCAUGAGGACUCGUAAGCUCUCGUUCAGGGAAGACAGAAGAGGGCAUGAGGAAGUAACCCGAUGCCUUUAAAAACAAACACAAAAAUGAUCUUCAUUUGUCUUUUACCAUCGUGGGUUUGGGGAGCCAGACUGCAGAGUGACUGCGAGUGAGUCCGCCGAGCAGCCCAGCCCUGGAGAUGGCUGCGACGUGUCUGGGUCUCUGAUCGUCUCCUAAGUGAAGCCUUAACAAUGAACAUACUUUCAUCACGUGAUACGGGUCUGUCAGCAUAAACCUGUAAAAGGGACGGACAACUCUUCAGACAACCCAGGAACGUGGAAACAUGGUUACAUGUCGAGCUGGUGUUUAGUGGUCCCCUCUUGACUUCCUGGGGCCGGGGAGCAGAAAGGCAGGAUUGUGGGAGCUCAGGGCCAAUGAAGCCCGGAAGUGCAGAAGGUAGCUGGGGUGCAGUGGGUGCUUGUGGAGGCUGAAGGCGGAGGUGGACAGAGACACAGAAGGAGGCUAGAUGCCAGAGCCCGGGAGGAACGAGGGAGUCGGUGUGUCUGUCCCGUUGUGUCAUUCCUGCCAUACCCACUUCCCUAGAUUGUUCUCGUUCUCACGAUCAACUGACCAUCCCACAGGAGACUCCGGUUUACAGGUAGAAGCUAUUUCUCCGAGAGAAAGCCCCUCAGCACAAAGGAACAGGAAAGUGUCACUCUGGCAUGAAGCAGAAGGGGCCUGAUUUUGGGGGGGGGGGUGCAGAGAGAAGCCACAGCCACCCACGUGUGCGUGCUCGUAACCACGCGCUGUGGCCAACAGAGGAGACGCUGAAGUGGCUCAAGUCUGCCUGGCCUCGAGGCAGGGAGAGAGGAGAGGGCUCUAGAGCCAGUGGAGGUGAGAAGUGGGCACAGGGGCGCCGUCUAGGAAUUGGAGGAAUCCCCGACUCCACCUUAGCCUCAGUGAACUCUGUACACUGAGAAGCAUUCGAGGGGUGUCUUUUAAUGGGGGCUGGGGGGAUCUUUUUGAAAGGAGUGCAUGCAUGAGAGAUGGGAAAGGGUCAGAGCAGGUGAGUGGGUUGAUAGGUGGCUUCGGAUGACUUGAGUCCAUCGUGCUAUUGUCUGGCAAGUGUCCACCUCCUCGUUCAGUUCAGAUUCCAAAUAGUGACGUGUCCUUCCCUAGGGAAGGGAUCUGGAGUGCGGUCUCUGUCAACUCGGGCUUUGGUCGGGCUGUGAAGGGCUCCUUGUUCAGGCUCCUUUUGGUUUCUCGUCCAUUUCUCUCUCUGCAUCUCUUACCUCGGAUCAGAAAGCAAGCCCGGGCAGGUGCAGGAUGGCUCUCUGCUUGGCGUUGCUCAAUCUAACCAGGGAGGCUGGCUGGCCCCCCCUCUGUCCAUGAGAGCAGAGGGCCGGCACGUGUCGGUAUGAACUCAGGAAUAGAAACUCGAGGCCUUUAAAAUACGAGGGAGAGAAAUCCGUGAUGCAUACCUGGAACCCCCUGGAACCCAAGUGCCAGAAUUUCUAGAUGCUGCUUCUGUUUGAACAAAAAGUCACUGCUUUUAACUUGAAAAAACACACUCGAAAAAUGUUCAACUCCAUGAAAAAUGUUUUUUGGCUUUAAGAAAUUGUUUGGUGUUUUACUGUUUCCUUUGACUGCCAUUCCACCAGGAAAUCAUUGGUUGAUUUGCACUGCACACUGGGGCUGGGGCAGGGUGUGGGGAUCCUUACACAGAGCCAAACUUGGGCUUGCUCAGGAAGGGGACCAGGAAUGUGGAAGUCGUUGACAUUUCCUGGGGUAAAGGGGUGGGGGGUACUUUCUCACCCCCCGACCCCCUCCUGGCAGCACCUGUCGCCAGCCCAGCACAAAACCAGGCCUCUCUUGUGAGUUUCAUCACUGGCAGCAGGUGGAGAAAAGGGGGACAAAACCAAGCCUGUUUUCUCCUCCAUUUUUUCCAGAUUUCGCUGUGCCAAACAUUUAAAACUUUGCAAAUACAAAUCUUGAAAUUUCAUUAAGAACUUGUUCAUGCAAACAGUGUCCCUUCACCCCAGUCUUCAGGCUGCACUGCAUUAAACCAGCUCGCUAGCUAAUGCAGGGAAAUACUGCACCCUAGUCCUCCAUGGGCCAAGAAACUUUCAGAAGCAUUAAAAAACAUAGUUGAAGUACAUCACUUCUCACCAAGCGGGUAGUCAGUUGGCUGUUUGUCCCUUGUUUUUUAUUUAUUCCAUAAUUAUGUUUGUACUUUUUGUUUUGUAAAGGGUAAUGAAACAUUUUAAUUUUGCUUAAAAAAAUUUUUUGAUCCAAUCUUUCAAGAACUGUUCUAUUUUCACUUUGGGGGGUGGGGGGAGUUACCAGUUAAUUUGUUUUGAAAUAUCUGGGCGUUCUUUGAGUUAUAAAAUUGUGAGGCAGGGAUUUGUGAGUGAGACAUUCACAUGUGAAAGGUGACUUCACUAGUUACCCACUUCAGCAGUGUGUAUAUGUACAUAGAUGUAAGUAAUCGACUCCAUUGUGCAGUGCCUUUUAGAUGUUCCACUUUCUAUAAAGUCUUCAGAUUUUUGCAUAUAUAUUAUAUAUAUAUAUGAUGUAAUGUUAUAGAAAUAUAUGUAUAAUAUACAUAUUUUUUC